AUGUCACAUUUGAAUCAAUGGUCAUGUCAACUGGUUUACAAAUGGUACUGCAAAAAAGUGAUCAUUGAAAGCUUUAAUCAUGAACUAUCCAUCCAUGGGCUCCAUGGAUGGAUAGCCAUCAACCCUUUCUCUGAACCGUCAAAGUGGAAAGAAGUGCUUCAGAACUUUAAUUUUUAUUUCACCGGGGAGGGACAAGAAAAAAAGGAUGCAACUGAAAGAGGCAUUGUCGAUCGAUUUGCUGUUCUCCUCACAAAAUUCAAGAAGGAUGAACUUACAUCUGUCAGAGUGAAACUGUCGAGGAGGAGGAAGCAGGUGAAAACUUACCUGAUAUUAGUCAUAAUCAGAGGCAGGCUGCAUCUGAAAGACCUCGUCCCCAAUCACGACCUCGCAUCCGACUUCAACUUCAUCGAAGUCGAAGAUCAAGAAGUGAUACCAGAAUUGAAGCACCAUUACAAGACACGUAGUGGGCCUGAAUUACCGGUAGACGAUUUCCUUCCUGAUCUUGGUGGAGAUGUUGAUGCACCUGAUUCUGAGGUGUCCACUCGGGCAUCUAGUCGCCAGGAAAGCUCUAUCCCCACUGCUACGACUUCUGGUCAGACAUCUAGAUCUAGACGUCAAGCAAGCUCCCUCUUCACUGAUACUAAUAGUUCAACCAUGGACCUUGCUGCUAGCACGCCAGCUGGAGGCGAAGUAGUGCCGGAGAUGAGAGAUUUUGCCGGUGGCCCAGACAUAGAGAUGGAUGACACUGUUGUGAUAGCUGAACAGCACCAUCCAAGAACAGCAACAGAAAACAUUCGUGUUAUUCAAGAUAUGGAAUAUAUGGAAAGUAUGAUUGUAGAUGGUGAAAAGAUAAGAUGCAAAUCCAUGAUUAUCAGCUAUUACCCCUCUAUACCCAAAAUGCUCUACCAGCUAUUGUUGUCGGAGCGUUGUGGCAUUGUUAAUGAGGAAGGUUCCUUUAAAAGUGGCAUUGGUCUGAUAUUCAGUAUGGUGACAAAUCAGAAAAUUGUUUCUAAGGAACUUCAGGCCAAUUGA